AUGGGCAAGAGCCAAAGCAAGAACGAGAAGAACAAGGUGGCCAUCGAACGUGGAAAGCAGCGCGAGGAGCAAGUGUUGCCGAAUCCGGCUGGACACGCGAACGCCCGCGCCUACCUGUCCCAAAUGCCGCAAGACUUCACGAAUUCGAUGCGUUCGAUCGGCACGAUGAAGGAAGCGCCGAAUCCGGCGAAAGUGAGCGUCGAGAAAGUGAGCAUCUUUGACCAAAAUGCCAGAAAAUUAGAGAAUUUUUGUGUUUUCGUGCAAAAUCAUCAUUUUUCCAUCGCUUUUGAUCGAAUUUAACCACAAAAAUCAGAAAAGAAAAGUGUUGAAACCAUGAAAAGUCGUUGUGGCGAAGACCACGGCCGUAAGCUCUGUAGACGUUAUACAGUAUAACUUAUACUUGAACAAAAAACAAUUGUUUUCUUUUUCAGUUUCCAACUGCGUACGUCGGUCGAGUGCCGCCUCCGUCAGGCGUCGAACACUUCUGGCGACACGUGCAAGAGGAUUGCGUCAAGAUGUUGCUCAUCAGCGCCUCGACCGCUUCCGAAGUGGCGCACACCUUCCACCUGAAUCAGGGUGGAUCUCUGGAAUUCAAAAACUUCACCAUCGGGACAAUCACGGCGAAAUAUGAUAUAAUGGCCGGUGAAUUUAACAAAGAGCUCGGGGAGUACCGAAUCGACCGUUUCCGGGUUGAAAUUCAGCCAACGGACGGAAACCGUGCUACCGUUUCUCACAUUCCGACCAUAAACGUCUUCGUAACGAUGUUCCGUCCUUCGGAUCCAGGAGUACUGUGGUUGAUCGUGAAGACCCACAUUUCUUCCCUUCAAACCUUCGAUCCAUCUUCUGGAGCUAUCGCGAUCCUCGGCAACAACCACACUGACAACUGGGUUUGGCUUGUCAGUCUGAUCGGCCUAAACCGUCUAUACCUCAAUACGGUGCCAAUUGUGAGCCAACAAUAUACGAAUGUCAACAAUUUAAAAUCAACCAUUUUCAGAUGACGGAUAUUCUCAAGUCGGUCAGCAAGGAGCAAAAUGUACUGUUUGAGCGGAAGGAGGAUAUUGUCACCGUAUUUAUGGUAUGGAACAUGUGGAUCGUCGCUGAUUUGAAGAUGUUCGAAAGGGUGUACAAACAUGACGAGAGGAAACAGAUUGCCAAAAUGAUUGACGAUUUUAAGCGAAAUGUCUAA